UUGGCUGAUCUUUUUAUCUUUCUUACGUCUCACCGCCUACGCAACCUGCGGAUCUCCCACUUUUUGGACCUCUGGGUUCGCUCCCCGCUGCCCCCUUCGCCCAUAGCCAUUCCAUCUUCCCGCUGUCCACCAUGCCGCUCGCGCUUAGAUUUCUCCACUAACUGCCAUACUUCUGCUAGCUUCAUCUUCGGUCCCGCAUUAACCCCACUCCGGCCUUUCCAUUGAUUCGGCGAUCAUCCCGCCUCCCACACCGCCCACGCUCGGGCGUCCUCAUUGGCCACAAGCUUCUCCUGCUCGUCAGUCACUGCCUACGUCAACCCCGCGUGGCUGCCCAUUGGCUGCUGGCUGUACCUGUCUUCAUCUCGCCGCCUACGCUCCACUGGAGCCCCACCCCCCCGCUCUGGCCUUCCCAUUGGCUGCCCGCCUUUUCAGGCCCUGCCCCCGCCGGUCCCACCGCCGGUGCCGUCGGUGCCGCCGCCGCCGCCGCCGAUAUGGCGCGCACGGCCCCUGUGGAGCCACCGCUGCGGCACCCCGCACCCCCGUCGCCGGCUGCGGGAGAGCCCCGCGCCUCGGUUGAGGCGGCGGUGGCCCCGCGGAGGGUGCUGUUCGCUGACGAGGCCCUGGGGCUGCCUCUGGCGCAGCUACGCCGCUACCGGCCGUGGGGCGGGCCCGGGGCGGGCAAGAUGGCGGCGGCGACCGGGCAAGAUGGCGGCGGCGGCGGGGCUGAUGAGGACGAUGAUGGCGAGGAUGGGGAUGAAGGGGAGGAGGAAGAGGAGGCUUUCCCCGAUCCCUCGCCGCCGUGCCCUGUUCCCGCUGGCGGGGGGUUUUAUUUGGUGCCCACAUUUUCGUUGCCGCCCGCGCUGGGCCGUCUGGAGCGGUUGGGGCGUGUGAUGGUGGAGCUGGAGGCGCUGCUGCCGCCUCCUGGAGCGGUUCCCGGGGGUUCCGGGGUGUGGGUGCCUGGGGGGCGCCCGCCGGUGGUGCGCGGGUUGGUGCGCGUGCUGAACCGCUCCUUCGAGAAGGCGGUGCACGUGCGGGCCUCACACGACGGCUGGGCUUCCUUCUGUGACCACCCAGCGCGCUAUGUCCCACGCAGCCCGCCUGGGGCAGGAGUGGGAGGAACAGGAGCAGGAGAUCCCCUCCUGGAUCCGGGUCUAGGCCUGGGCCCUGGCCAGAUGUCAGCCUCCUCGCCCGACGACGGUGGCCGCACUGACCGUUUUGCCUUCCAGCUGCCCUUUGCUGAGGGCGCGGGUGAUGGGGCGCGCCUCGACUUCGUGGUGCGCUAUGAGACCCCCGAGGGCACUUUCUGGGCCAAUAACCAUGGCCGCAACUACACUGUCCUGCUCCGGAUUGCACCCGCUCCCACACCCACUGAUGCCGAAGGGCUGCUCCAGCAGCAGCAGCAGCUGCAGCAGCUGGAGCCACAGCCUGAGUGCCAGGGUCCUGUGGAGGCUGAGGCCAGGCAGCUGAAGAGCUGCAUGAAGCCGGUGAGGCGCAGGCCUCUUGAGGAAGAACUGAGGAUGAAGAGCAUGGAUGAUAAUACCCUUGUGGAACAUCCUGAUGUUCACGAGUUACUGGGUCCCCUGGUGGCCCCCACCCCUCUCCGUCCAUGGCCCCAGAUGACACUUCAGGUUUCUGAAGCUACAGGGACCAACAACCCUCUGGAAGAAUGUGACAUCCCCAGAAGCAGUCCACCUGUGGCUUUUACAGAGGUCCUCCAGACACCAGCCAUCAGGAUUCCUCCAUCUACCCGUGGUCUGGGUGGCCCCCCCAGGGACCAGGCCUCAGGGCCCGAUACAAGUGAUAAAGCCACUGGGCCCUUCCUGGAACCCAGUCAGCACCAGGUGGAGGCCACAUGGGAAAGUGGAGUGGGUCGAAAGGCCCCCACGGUGGGGGCUAUGGCAGAUGAGCCCGCUCGGGGUCUGGAGAUUGUGAGUGGGUUGGAGGAGUUGCUUGGGGAAGACACCAUUGACCAGGAGUUGGAGCAGCUCUACCUGUCUCACCUGAGCCGCUUGAGGGCUGCAGCAUCAGGGGCUGGCGGGGAGGGCUCUACAGAUGGGGGGAUGUCCCCCAGCCAUCCCCUGGGCGUACUCACGGACCGUGACCUGAUCUUGAAGUGGCCUGGCCCUGAGAGGGCCCUGAACAGUGCCCUGGCCGAGGAGAUCACUCUGCACUAUGCGCGCCUGGGAUGUGGUGUGGAGCUCAUCAAGGACACUGAGGACCCUGAUGAUGAGGGGGAGGGCGAAGAGGAGCUCUCCAUGACCCCCUCUAGCCCUGAAGGAGAGAGCCCCAAAGAAUCACCCCCAGAAAUCAUCUCUGGGGCACCCUCUGUGGUAGCUAUGGGAGAUGUGUGGCUCCCAUGGGCUGAGGGCUCUGGAUGUGACAGCCCUGUGGUUCUGGAAACACAGGGGCAGUUUACUGAGAAUCCAGAGAAAGGGCUGGACAAGGACAUCAACUCUUUGCACAUAAAGAGGCCCAUAGUUGGGAUGGCCAGGUCCCCAGGGGAGGCUGGGGCAAAAGCCCUAAUGGAUGUCCCUGCUGAGUGGGCAGGCAGCUUGAUACCUAUUUCUGAUAAAGAGUCAGCUGCACCAGCUAUGCCAGAGCAGGGUCCUGCUCUCCUCAGUCCCCCAGGGACUGAAGUCUGUCUGUCUAGUGUAGCCAACCCUCCUGUGACCUCCCAGGAUGAAGAGGGUGGAAGCCCAAACCUUGAGUCCCCAGAGAGGGCUCCCAUGCCUGCAGGCCCAGCAGAGUGUGUAUGUGGAUUGUCUCCUCAUCUUUGGGGACCCUUGACCCAGACUCUGGGUGUCCUGGCUGGGCUAAUUGUGGUCCCUGUGGCUUUGAACAGUGGUAUGUCCCUUCUGGUGCUUGUGCUGUGCCUCUCUCUGGCCUGGUUCGCAUAGAGGCAGCAGAUUUCCUCCUCUUUGGGGUCUGAAGAUUUGCAGUCCCUCUGAAACCCCAAUGAGUUGAGAUGAUAUCUGUGAUCUGUUAGUGAGGGACUUUCUCUGAGCUCUCUAGUCAGCACCAGGCUUCGUGCAGUAGUACUUGUAGAGUGAAAACGAAUGGUGGAUGGUGUGAGAAAUUUUAGAAUGGAACCAGGCAUGCCCCCCACCCACCCACCCACCUACCCA